AUGUCAGAAAAAUCACAGGAGCCCAUACAUAGUGGGCAUUUCAUGACAUCAAAUCCACACACUGAGCCGCAACCAGACGACGAAGACGAGGAUGUUGAAGUGGAUGUCGUUGAAGAUGACGAAAAGCCUGACGACAUUGGCACAGGUACCGCCAAGGGUGAACGGGCAGCCUUGUAUGAGAAGCCCGUUACUUUCUACAAAUUCGGGCCAAAGAAGACACAGUCGAUUGCAAUAGAUGUUUCUCUGAACAAACUCAACAAGUGUAUCAAAGUGGCGUACAAUAAGAUGACAACACCAAAAUGGAAAGAUUUCAAAGGUCUUCGAUUACAUUGGAAACAACGAAUUCGUUUGAACAACGUUAUUUGGAGAGCUUACUACAUUGAAUUUCGAAUGCCUGCGAAAAAAUCGAAAAAGAAAACUCCUUUUUGUUACUUCGCGGUGCCUGAUGAUGAUGCCACACAUGCGAAGAUUGAAGUGCGUAUU